AUGGCCAUGCUGAGAGACAUAAAGAUUUCAGUGGAAUAUAAUCCCAUAAAUGAAAGAGACAUUUUCACCAGUGGGGAUUAUAUCUCAGGGAAAAUUUCACUUGAGCUGGCGAAAGACUGCAAAGCAGAGUCACUGACUGUACAACUGAAAGGAAAAGCAGAAGUCAAAUGGGCUGAAAAUCGUGGAAAAACAUUAAUAAUUUGCCACAGCAAGUUAAGAUACUUCCGGAUCCAGCAAGAUAUUAUUCAUGCAAAAAAAGGUAACAGUGUUAUCGACCAGGGUUGUCAUGCCUAUCCAUUCACCUUACAGAUACCUGCACAUGACCUGCUGCCCUCCUUUAAAAGCUUCUAUGGAAAGAUCGAAUACACUCUGGGAGCAAUUCUGAGGCGUUCGAAGAAAACCGACAUUAAAGCCAAGACUAAGUUUUCCCUCGUCUACAAUGGGGACCAAAACAGUCACCCAGCAGUGAUGGCUCCUCAGCAGCGGGCCAUUAAAGAGGAAAUGAAGGUUUUUGCAUCUGGAACAGUAGGAAUGGAUGUAAACAUAUCAAAAACAGGCUUCCAGCAAGGUGAAUUACAAUCCUGCAAGUGAAAAUGAU